AUGAUUCAUUUAUCAUGCUUAAGAUGGUUUAUUUAUUGCAUUAUGUUGCAGUUGCCAAAUUUAAUUUCUAAAUCCUUAGCAUUAAAUUAUUUUCAUACUUUAUUUAUUCAAAUCAUUUAUGAAACAUUUUUAGAGACUUAUCCUUUUACUAUUCUAUCAAAAGUACCUUGCAAUCGUAUCAAAAUGAUUCCAAAAACUUCAAAGUAUAAUCCUGAUAAGGUUUUCGAUGAUUAUCUUAGCCACCUUGAAUCCAACGAAAACAGGAGAAAACCAAUCCACCUCGAUGAUUUAAAACCAUCUACAUCAAUCAAUAAAGAAACUAAUACUUUUCCAGUCAUUACAGAAAUUUUUCAAAACAUUGAUAGAGUAAACCAUCAUCUUAAAUUCCAACCAUUAAAUUCUAUUCCAUCUUUAUUUGAAAGAAAAUUUGCUUGUAGUCAUUGUGGCUCAACAAUCAACGAUCUUAUUGGAAUUGGUUCAUUCGCUUUAUUUUUUGUCGUGGUUAGUCUGUUUAUCUUAUGGUGGUUAAAGUAUAAUUAUGAUGUAAAAAUGGGAUUUUAA